AUGAGUUGGGAGUCGUUCUGCGAGCCGGAUCAUGGCCCUCAGUCGGAGGUCGAUGUCAGGCUCAAGAGUCUGCAGAGCUUGUUUCGAUCUGUUAUGGUGAGUUGAGGUAGUCGACAUUCAACGCGUUUGUAGAUCACAAUAAGCCUGAUUGGAGUGGCUGGUAAUGUAUUGAACCUAAUAACACUGCGCAGUCCGUCGUUGCGGACAGUUCCUUUCAUGUAUAUACGGGCAUUGGCUAUCUUUGAUCUGGUAGGUUGCUCAUUCUAAUUCCUUAUUGAAAAUGAGUUUUGAUUGGCAUUGAAGUCGGGAACGAAGCCUUCCUGAAUUUCCUUUCUGUUUGGGUAACUUCUGUAGGAUUCUUUCUUGAUGCUUCGAAGCCGGGUAAAUGCUUGGAGCAUAGUCUUCGUAGCAACAUUGACUUUUAUUUUUGCAUAGUUUUUGAAGAGUCCCGAUUUUUGAGUUUUCAAAAUGAGAGGUGACAUUUUAUACGAUGGAAAAUUUUUUCAAAAUGAAAAUGAGAGGAACAUCGUAUACGCUGAUUUUUUUACCAAAUUUUUUCAAAUACGAUGAAAUUUUUACUCAUUUUUCUUCAAGAAGAGAGGUGACAUGUUAUACGAUUAAAAUUUUAACCAAUUUUUUAAAACUUCUGUCAUAAAAAAAUUUCAUCGUAUAAGAUGUCGCCUUUUAUUAGGAAGUUUUUAACAGUGGAACUUUUCAAAAAACCUAACUCUUCAUCUACAACAAUCUCAUAUAGGAUGAGUACUGUACUAAUGUCAUCAUUUCCCACCUGUUUUGUUGCGUUGUUAGUCAUCAUUCCUUCUGUAAUUUCAGGUCGGGUUAACAGCUGUGAUAGUGCAUUUCCUCCUUCAAUACAACGACAACCACUACCUAUGGAUGGUCUACUACGAGGUUUGGAUUGAAGACGUCCUCAUCAACUCGUUCUUGGUGGCCGGCCUUUACGCCGCCGUCCUACUCACCGUUGAGAGGUCAGUAAAGUCACCUCUAAUCUGAUAUCCAAUCUAUUUUACGAUAUGCAUAUUAAUUUAGAUACCUGCUAAUCCGCAAACCACACAAAAAACGUUUGUUCAGCAUUCAGCAUUCCGUGUCAUUAAAGAUUUCCGGCUGCUUGUUAAUCGCAAUCCUAUUACACUGCCCGAUGGCGUUGCAGAAUACGGCCAAGUUCGUGAAUGGGCGGAUUAUCAAGGGGAACAAUCAACGUCUCCUCUGCAUGUAAGCUGAUUUAAUUGUGCUUGCAAUUCCAAUUUACUAGAUUUUUGGAGGAUUUCGCAUCUAAUUUUGCUAUGUAAAUAUAUUAGAUUAGCAAGGAAAAUCUACCUCAAAUGUGAUGCUCAUAUUUUCUAUAAAUUUUGCACACACGUUGUGCACAGGCUACAGAUCAAUUCUUGAAAGUUUUAGCUCGCGCUUUACAGCCGCUGCCGAGAUAUUCAACGAUCUUUGCGACCGAGAGGGCACGCGAAACUCGGAGAGCUUUCAGAACUUUAAACUAAUUUAACCGCUAAAACAAAAGAUCGGAAAAUGAGAUUUUUUCCUUCGAAUUAUAAAUGACCUCAGGCUAUAACGUUUCCGAAACAUAAAGUAAAGAAAUAUCCGUGCGAUUCGGCUAGGGAAUAUAAUUCAAUUAAGGCUUUGUUUGAGCGAGAAAAAAAUCGUAACGUUAGGCCUUUUUCGGACAGCAUUAUAUAAUAUAUUAUAUAAACAUUCUAUUAGUUGGUCGGAAAAAAAGAGUUUCAAGUGCUCGCUAAAUUUUUUUUUCUUUUUUGUCAUGUUUUAGGUGGAUAAAUUUAAAUUUUCUGACAAAUUUGACUCUAACGUAAUGUAAGAUGACCAUAAAUUGGUUGUUUACCAACUAUGGGUACAUUAUAAACACAUAUAAAGUGAAAUUCAAUAGACCAGAAAAGAAUGGAACGCAUGUUUUAAAUUCAGUGACAAAGACGAAAGCAAUUAGACCAUACAUCCGGAAGAGGUUCAAAACAUGCCAAAAAAAGCAUUAUCAGUCUGUCGGGAAAAUAAUGUGGACUUGUCGCAGCUUGAAGCCGUCAAUCAUUGCUUUGCGACGGCUGCCGCAACUUGAGAUUUGAUACGCGGCCCCGACGAGGCGAGACAUUUUUCUGCGACAAGUCCUCAUUAUUUUCCCGACAGACUGAUACCCAAUUUGUAAACAGCAUUUCCAAACUUGCAAUGAAAAUUGAAUUUAAAUGUAAAAUACUUGAACCAACAUUCUACGUUUUUUAGAGAACCGUGGUGGACACUGUUCAGUUACUACAAAAUGUUCCGCGAGACAGUGCGCUUCACAUGUGUCAUCCUGUUGGUGGUGCUGAACACAAUCAUUGCAAGGAGUCUGCAGAUGGCAAAGCGGAACCGCAGAAUGCUGAUCAAGCGGACGAGUGGAGCCGACUCGGCGGAUGUCAUUGGGACGCCGGUCAAGGAGAAGCAAAGGUGAGGAUGUGAAGAGAGCUGACGGAAGCUUUUACAAAAUUGUCGUCGGGUUUUGUCAAAUUACACCAAGAAUGGGAUUACAACUUUUUUAAAAACUUUUUGACGAUUUCAAAAAGUUACCGGCAUGGCGUCGCAGCACGUUGCAGGCAGCCGACGUUUACAAUUAUCGUAAUCUACUUAUUGUUAGUACUUAUUCUAUCAUGUUAUUAUGAUAGAAAUCUCGUAUUGCCAACUUCCUUGUACUUAUAAGUAUGCGAAUUUGAAUAAUUUCAUUUGAGUACAUCCACCGCUUCCAAAGUUAUGGGAGUUGGUUUCCAAGAGGUUUCUGAGCGUUUAAAAAUUGCCACUUAAUCUUACGGUGACUAUUCAAGUCAUUUAUGCGGGUAGAAACUUAAAUAAAGACAUCUAAUUGCCAAAAAUCAUCGUUUGAAUUUUACGUUGACAGCAAUUGUUGGCUGAUUUCCGGACAUGCACUCAGUAUCUCCGUGGCUCUUCUAGCUGCCCGCAAAGUAGUUGAUCGCAAGUCUGGGCUUGUCCGUUUUUUCACUUGCGAUAUGCACUUUUCUCGCAACUUCCGCGAAAAAAAUACUAUUUUUCGCAACUAUUACUAUAAUAUAUUUCGUUGUUCAAACCUAACAAACGCCUUUCAGGUUCUAUCGGAAAGACAUGAGCAACGUGAUGAAGAGUUUCACCGAAAAGAAGCUGACGGCACUAAUGGUGUGUAUUUGUCUAAUUUAUCUCAUCGGCAACCUGCCGCAGAUGGUCGUAAUGGUCCUGCAAAACGAGACGAUGGAGGAUAAAUUCGGGUUUCAAGUGAGUUGCUAUUUGAAAUUCAAGAAUCUUGUAAAGAAUUUACAAAAUGAUUAAAAAAUUCUUGACAUUUUAGGUGUUCCGGAACAUUGCCAACACGUUGGAAGUGCUAAAUCAUUGCCUCAACUUUUUUAUUUUCUGCAUGGCCUCUUCGGAGUAUUCAAGGGCGUUCUUGCUGAAUUGUCGGUGCAUUCGACGAGUUCUGAUCAAGAUCCCAGCAUGCGCUUCGGUCAUCCAUUCAAAGCGGUUGAACAGGUAAAAACGUGUUCAUUUACGAUGAUAUUUAGCAGGGGGAUUACUCCAACUGCGACGCUCAGAUUUUGGUUAAACAUGACACAAGUUUAGAUCUAAUAGUCGCGCUACAAAAGCUUUUUUCGCACCCACCACAGCGAAAAUGUUUUCAUAAUUCUUUUCUGCGCAAAAUUAGCAAAGCUAUGGCCCCAAAGUGUUUUUCUCUCUGGCCACUCUCCGCGUUUUAUGUGCUCUCUUGGCGAGAAAGAUCGUCGGGUAAAAUAUGUGGAUUUUUCGUGCCUUCGAAUCUCCCAUCAUAUCUUUGUGGCUGGACGUUUGGUGCGCAGCUCCAGAGAGGUAUUUUACCGCGACAAAUCCACAUUAUUUUCCUGACAGAAUGAUAAAUAGAUAAAUGCGUAAUAGCUGACCUACAGUAGUUGACAGCGAAUUGUCAAUUUUUUUAUUUCGUGUGUAACUUCACUCAGACUCAACAGAAUUUGAUGAGACCAAGAGCGUUUAAGAGGCUGGGAGACACGCUUCAACCUUAUGAAAUUGUUUUAUUUCAUAUCGACCACAGGCGUGGUAAAAAUUAAAAAAAAAAUUUUUUUGGAGGACAACGAAUUGUCAACUUUUACAUUUUGAGGCAUAAGAUCUCAAUAAACCAGCAUAUAAAGACUAUAACGGAGAGUAAUCAGUUUCCAGCAAUCAUAGAACAGCAUACAACUGGUUUCAGCCAUUAGUAUAAUCUCCUUCGCUUUCUAUAGGUCGGGCACUUGGGGGUGGACCAUGUACAAUAUAAUGUCAGCCUGGGGGUUUCCUAGGCCGAAAUUAUCUUAUAUUCCGGUUUUUUAUGGAAGAUUAUUAAAUAUAUUUAACAAACUUGCACCGGAUUACAACUUGGAGGGGCUACGGGUCAAAAAUUCGUCAGAUAAUAUUAUUUUUGGUCAUUUAAACUCUGUGUUUCGCCCAAAAAUCGAUAAUUUUUUUGCCGACAGGGGGCAUAGGUUCAUUUAAUCCUCCUUUACGGCCAAACUAACGACAUUCUACAAAUUAUUUCAUUACCUGUCUCGACGCCCUGAAAUUUCCGGGUGAGAUUCUGACGGUCCAAUUAAUUCUUGUGCCACACUAGGGUGGUGAGUAUAUUAAUCAUUUUAUUGCGCGUCUUCUGCGUUUUUAAACGUUAAAACUAAUAUUUUUAAUGCUUGUAAAAAUCUCUAAUAUGCUAAUAAAAUGUCCUGGAAGUUGCAGGCUUGAAGAAAUAAGAAUUUUUCUGGGUGUUGCAAACCCGACGUAAAAAUUCAUGUAAAUCCAAAUAUUUCCCUCUGCAUACCUCUUCCAUGAGUGCUGGUACUGACAUGUUAAAUGCACUGAAUAUUUGUCUUUUAGUGUAGUUUGUUUUCAAAUAUAGAAGGUUUCUCCAACGAUCUUCAUGCGCGACAUUUUUUGAUUUUUGAUACUCUGACCAACAGUAUGAAAGGCCAUGAUUAACAUAUUCGAGGUAACAAGGCGCAAGUGUAACCCGUUAGGUGUAAUUUUUUGACUUGCCCUAGCGUAGUAAGAUGUAACCGCCCAUAAAAAACCGGAAUAUAAGAUAAUUUCGGCCUAGGAAGCCCCCAGGCUGACAUUAUAUUGUACAUGGUCCACCCCCAAGUGCCCGACCUAUAGGAAGCGAAGGAGAUUAUACUUAUGGCUGAAACCCGUUGUAUGCUGUUCUAUGAUUGCUGGCAACUGAUUACUCUCCGUUAUAGUCUUUAUAUGCUGGUUUAUUGAGAUCUUAUGCCUCAAAAUGUAAAAAUUGACAAUUCGUUGUCCCCCAAAAAAAUUUGUUUUAAAAUUUUUACCACGCCUGUGGCCGAUAUGAAAUAAAACAAUUUCAUAAGGUUAAAGCGUGUCUCCCAGCUUCUUAAACGCUCUUAGUCUCAUCAAAUUCUGUUGAGUCUGAGUGAAGUUACACACGAAAUAAAAAAAUUGACAAUUCGCUGUCAACUACUGUAUAUGUAAAUUUAAAAGCAAAUCUGAACGUCGCAUUUGAAACCUUUUCCCAUGUAAACUUAACUCGUUUUAAGCAAUGUCAGCGAACAAAAAGAAGUCCCUUCCACGGAAGUUCGUCGAAAAUCCAGCCUCUUCUACGACGCCGAAGGCCGAAGGAAUACGGUUUGUAUGCAGAUCAAUUCGACAACCACCGACUCAAAAGUUAGCGGGCAUUCGCGGGAGAUGGCUUUCGAGGAUUGCAUUGUCUACAAGAAUCAGAUUCCUCAGUUGUGCUCGCCGGACAGUGGCGACGAAUACUUGUGA